UUUCACUGAAUAUUUUUUUUUCUUUUACGGGAAAUACAUCAUUAGUUCUUGAUUUCUUAAUUAUCAGAUUUAAUAUAGUUUGACUAAAUUAAAUAAGAAGGAGAAGAAGACCACCUCCUCACAUUCGCCGCGGAACAUGAUAAAAUGGCUAAAAGACAUUUGCUGAAAGCCGUGGAACAACAAACCAGAGAGAAGCUAGACAAGUUCUCCAAGAAAGCCUUAGAUCGAUCGAUAUGAGCACUCAAGCGACAGGGACUUCGUCAACAUCAGGGAGGAGGAGAGGACCACCACCACUACCUUCCAAGAAACCAGACCAAUCAGAGCACCACGGAAGCUUCGUCAACAACCUACCAAACUCACCUCAACCUCCUUCUAACGUAGAGAGAACAGUUAAGAAGCUUCGGUUAGACAAAGCCAUCACCAUCCCCGAAGGCACCACCGUCUUCGACGCGUGUCGGAGAAUGGCUGCCCGUCGCGUCGGCGCCAUUCUCCUGACCAACUCAAGCUCCCUCCUCUCCGGUAUCUGCACAGACAAAGACAUAGCUUCAAGAGUCAUCGCCGAAGGGUUAAAACCAGACCAGACUCCUGUCUCCAAAGUCAUGACGAGAAACCCUGUCUUCGUCACCUCUGACUCCUUAGCCUUAGAUGCUCUUCAAAAAAUGGUUCAAGGGAGGUUCAGACACUUGCCAGUUGUUGAAAACGGCGAAGUCAUUGCUAUGUUAGACAUCACGAAGUGUUUAUACGAUGCGAUCUCGAGGAUGGAGAAGGCCGCGGAGCAAGGCAGUGCUUUAGCUGCAGCGGUGGAAGGUGUUGGAGGAGGAGCUGGUGGGUACGGUUUCAUCGAGACGUUGAGGGAAGGGAUGUUCAAGCCCGCCUUGUCUACGAUUAUCACCGAUAGCUCCAAAGUUGUGCUCGUUGCGCCAUCAGAUUCGGUCUACGUCGCUGCGAGAAGGAUGCGUGAUCUGCGCGUUAACUCUGUGAUCAUCUCAAUGGGGAGCAAGAUCCAAGGGAUACUGACUUCUAAGGACAUUCUUAUGCGACUUGUAGUCCAAAACUUAUCUCCUGAAACGAUUCUUGUCGAGAAAGUGAUGACGCCUAGUCCCGAAUGCGUGUCGCUAGAGACGACGAUUCUCGACGCGUUGCAUACGAUGCACGACGGGAGGUUCUUGCAUCUUCCGGUGUUGGACAAAGACGGUUCGGUUGCGGCGUGCGUUGACGUGUUGCAGAUAACUCACGCGGCUAUCUCGAUGGUUGAGAACAGCUCCGGAGCUGUGAACGACGUGGCUAACACCAUGAUGCAGAAGUUUUGGGAUUCGGCUCUUGCGUUGGACCCGGUUGAUCAUGAUUCGGACGGUCAUAGUGAAAUGUCGGGGAUGAUGAUGAUGCAUCGUCAUUCAGAUAUUGGGAAGCUCACUUCUUGCCCUUCUCUAGAGCUAGAGAACUCGUUUUCAUUCAAAGUCAAAGACCUUAAGGGCCGUGUGCAUCGGUUUAGUUCCGGUGGUGAAAGCCUUGAAGAGCUGAUGGGUGUUGUGAUGCAAAGAAUCGGUAUUGAUGUGGAGGAACAAAGGCCUCAGAUUGUGUAUGAGGAUGAUGAAGGUGAUAAGGUGUUGAUUACGUCGGAUAGUGAUUUGGUUGGUGCUGUUGCUCUUGCUAGGUCUACAGGACAGAAGGUGCUGAGGCUGUUUCUGGACUUCACCGAGACAGAAACAAGGAGCUUGGGUUUGGAAACGGGUCAACUCAAGAAAGUGAGUACUCUGGAUGGAAAGGGAUGUGGCGGGUGGGUUACAUGGCGUGGUGGUGUUGUGGUUACAGGAGCUGUUGUGAUAACGAGCGUAGCUGUAGUUGUUUACUUAAAACGCUCAAAGACAUGAUUCUGAUAAAGCAUAAUAACUAUCUUUCUUUAUAUUAUUGUAAGCUUCAUAUUAUACAAUAUUGUUGUCUCUUUUGUCAGUUUGGGUUUACAUGUUGUAAAUCCUAUUCAGAAGAGAACAUAAGGUUUGACAGAGUUCAUGUAAAACAUCUUAAACCGAGAAAAUAAAACCAGGGAAUGUUGUUGUACU